ACCAGUCAGAGGCAAGGAGUCAGUGCAGAACCCUUCCGAACUCCCGUGUGCUGCUCUGCUCGCUAUACCCUGGCCGCGUUGGCCUUCUUUGGCUUCUUCGUUCUCUACGCCUUACGUGUGAAUCUGAGUGUCGCGUUGGUGGAUAUGGUGGAUUCAAACACAACCGCAAAAGACAACAGGACCUCCAAGGAGUGUGCAGAGCAUUCUGAUCCCAUAAAAGUGCAUCAUAAUCGGACGGGUAAGCGGUACCAGUGGGACGCAGAGACUCAAGGGUGGAUCCUCGGGUCUUUUUUUUAUGGCUACAUCAUCACCCAGAUUCCUGGAGGCUAUGUUGCCAGCAGAACAGGGGGGAAACUGCUGCUGGGCUUCGGGAUCCUCUGCACAGCUGUCCUUACCCUGCUGACCCCCGUGGCAGCGGAUUUGGGCGUGGGGCCUCUCGUGGCACUCCGGGCCCUGGAAGGCUUCGGGGAGGGUGUGACGUUUCCUGCCAUGCAUGCCAUGUGGUCGUCCUGGGCUCCCCCUCUUGAGAGAAGCAAGCUUCUUAGCAUCUCCUACGCAGGAGCACAGCUUGGGACAGUAGUUUCGCUUCCUCUUUCUGGAAUAAUUUGCUACUAUAUGAAUUGGACUUACGUCUUUUACUUCUUUGGUAUACUUGGGAUAUUUUGGUUUAUUUUAUGGAUCUGGUUAGUUAGUGACACACCAGAAACUCACAAGACAAUCUCCUAUUGUGAAAAGGAAUACAUUCUUUCAUCAUUAAGAAGUCAGGUAUGGACAUUUAAAAAAUAAUUUCAGAACUUUUUUUCUUCAGAAUUAAGAUACCAGUUUUUUAAAAUAGAUAUUUCUAUUGUGCAUGCCCUAGGCAAAAUAUAAUAAACAAAUGCAAUAA